GAUAGAUCACUUCACUGUUCAAAGUUUGAAGCCCAAGUAAAACACUCUCAUCCAAUUGGUCCCAACUUUUUCCUAUCUUAGCAUAUAAAACCCACAUCUUCCAAUCCACAUUUCCCCACCAAUUCACUCUAGUGAUCUGCUUUGCUUUCAGUGUUAGACUGCUACCAUCUUGCCCUCAAUCUGCUGCUUGUUCCCACUGCCACAAACUUUGGUGUUCUUAAGGAUCAUCAUCUCUCGAACGAUCAUCAAACAGAUAUGGAGAAAAAUGAAAAGGAUGUUGCUGUACCUCAAGUAAGCUUGGGUGGAUUUGACAGAAACAUCACCGCACGAGACCUCACUAAUUUCAUAGAAAAUGAAAUUGGAGGGGUAUGGAGAUGUAGGCUGAAGACAUCUUGGACACCUCCAGGGUCCUACCCGGAUUUCAACAUCACAAACAUGGAGGCUGUUCGAAAAAAAGAUUACUACAAGAAGGUGGUACCACACGCCUUCGUGCAUUUUAGAUCUCAUGAAGCAAGAAUGGCAGCACACAAUGCUGCUCAGCGUUCUGAGCUUCUUCUGAACCAUCGCCCUCUUAAGGUGAGUUUGGGACCCGAUAGCCCAUAUCACAUUAAUCAGAGGACGAGGAAUACACUUCCUUUCAAGAUUCCUGCCAGUGUUGAGAUUGGAUCUCUUGUUAGCCCAAAUGAUUUCCUAGUUGGCUGGAAAGGACCCACUUCUGGAGUGAACUUCCUUGUUGAUCCUUUCGAUGCCACCUGCAAGAUCCAAUUUUCAAAGGAUGUCCCUUUCUCAUUUGAAGGCACAAGGAGACACGCGGUGAUUAAAUGUGACUUGAAGGUGGAGUUUUUGGUGAGAAACAUCAAUUACUUCAGACAGUAUACAGACAUGCAUUCAAAAAUAAUUUUGCUGCAACUUGAUUCAUCUCCUCAACUCUACUAUAGAACUGCUGAUGAUGACAUCUAUGAAACAGAAACAGUACCAAUUGAAACAUUGGAUGAUGAGGAUCCUUGGAUCAGGAUUACGGAUUUUACAACUAGCAGAGUGAUCGGCAGGUGCAGUGCUUACAGGAUCUCGGUCCCAGACAAAUUUGGAUUGAGAUUGGAGAAGGCCAUGCAUUAUCUAAGAGAACAACGAGUACUGGAACAUCCUAGACAGCGGCUAAGGAUCCGAGAUGAGCCCAAUUUUGAGAUGAAAGUAUCAAAUCACUUCUUCUGUCUUCAGGACAAGGAUGGAAUAAGCUUUGAGUUAAUGUUUUUGGUGAAUGCUGUUAUUCAUAAAGGUAUCAUCAAUGAACACCUGUUGUCAGAUGAGUUCUUUGAAUUACUAAGAAGUCAGCCAAGGGAGGUGAAUGUUACAGCAUUAAUGCAUAUAUACUCUUAUAGGAAUCCAGUAUUCAACGCAUGCAAGAGGCUGAAAGAAGUCCAAGAAUGGUUGAAGAAGAACCCUAUACUUCUCAUGAACUCUAGGGGUUCAGAUGAUAAUGUUGAAGUGAGGAGAUUAGUUAUAACUCCAGCCAAAGCUUAUUGUUUUCCACCAGAGGUGGAACGUUCUAACAGGGUUCUCAGGAAAUACAAAACAAAAGGUGACAGGUUCUUAAGGGUAGCCUUCAUGGAUGAAGGAUUUCAGCAGCUGAAUUCUUUUGCUCUAUCCAAUAGCAUUGCUCCUAUUGUGAGGGACACAUCAAAGUUCUACACGCAGAAAACCACAGUUUAUCAAAGGAUAAAUACCAUUAUGAAUAAAGGGUUUUAUUUGUGCGGUCGGAAGUAUUCCUUUCUGGCCUAUUCACCUAAUCAAUUGAGAGACUGUUCUGCCUGGUUUUUUGCUGAAGAUGAAGAUGUCAGGGUGAUAGAUAUCAUCAAUUGGAUGGGGAAGUUCAACGAUAGGAAUGUUGCGAAGUGUGCAGCUAGGAUGGGUCAGUGUUUCUCAUCCACCUAUGCGACAGUUGAUGUUCCACUACAGAAGGUCAACAUGAACCUUCCAGAUGUAAAGAGGAAUGGAUAUGUCUUUUCUGAUGGCAUUGGCAUAAUAGCUCCUCAACUAGCAGCAGAAGUUGCAGAGAAAUUGCAACUUAAAGUAAAUUCUCCUUCUGCCUAUCAGAUCAGGUAUGCUGGUUGCAAGGGAGUAAUCACAUGUUGGCCAAGAAAAGAUGAUGGGAUCCUCCUCUCGCUAAGACAAAGCAUGAAAAAAUUUGAGUCUAUGCACGCAAUCCUGGAGGUCAUAUCAUGGACUCGGUUCCAACCAGGGUUCUUAAACAGGCAGAUUAUAACUCUGCUUUCUGCCUUGGGUGUUCCAGAUGACAUUUUCUCAAGAAUGCAAGAUGAUAUGGUUUCUAAACUAAGCCAGAUCCUGGAGAACAAUGAUAUAGCUUUUGAUGUCCUUAUCUCAUCAUGUGGUGAGCAAGGAAAUACCGCAGCGAUUCUGCUGAGUGCCGGUUUCAAGCCUCAGACAGAACCUCAUCUUAGAGGGAUGUUAUCUUGCAUAAGAGCAGCCCAGAUGCGAGACCUCCUAGAGAAGGCUAGGAUUUUUGUUCCUAAAGGACGGUGGAUGCUGGGGUGCUUCGAUGAGUUAGGGGUACUUGAAUAUGGACAAUGUUUUAUCCAAGUCUCAAGACAUUCACCCCAGAAUUAUUUUUCAAAGCAUGGAUCAAGAUUUUCUCAGACAAAGAAUGUAGAAGUAAUCAAGGGCAUUGUAGUCGUUGCAAAAAAUCCUUGUCUUCAUCCAGGAGAUAUUCGGAUUCUGGAAGCUGUAGAUGUGCCUGAUUUGCGCCAUCUUGUUGAUUGCUUGGUUUUCCCUCAAAAGGGUGAAAGGCCACACACAAAUGAAGCAUCUGGAAGUGACCUAGAUGGCGAUCAGUACUUUGUGACUUGGGAAGAAACUCUCAUACCUCCAAGCAAGAAGAGCUGGAAACCAAUGGAUAAUGACACCGUAGAACCCAAAAAGUUGCGACGCCCCAUCAAUCACCAGGAUGUAAUUGACUUUUUCAUGGAGUCCAUGAUGACUGGGCAACUCGGAAAGAUAUGCCAUGCUCAUGUGGUUCACGCAGACCAGAGCAAAGAUGGCGCUAUGGAUGGGAAAUGCAUCAAACUAGCAGAGCUUGCGGCCACAGCAGUAGACUUCCCCAAAACUGGAAAGCUUGUUAGAAUGCCCCACUCACUAAAACCGAAAAUUUAUCCAGACUUCAUGGGAAAGGAUGGGAACAUGUCAUACAAGUCAAAAAAGAUCUUGGGAAGCCUAUAUAGCGAAAUCCUAGAUGCUCCCGAUGAAGAAAUGACAGCAAAUUCAGAGCUAACAACAGAGGAUAUCCCUUUUGACCCAGAUCUUGAGAUUGCAGGUUUUGCAGGUUUCAUUAUGGAUGCCUGGAAUCAAAAGUGCACGUAUGAUGGGCACCUGAGUGCUCUACUGGCCCAGUACAGAGUUAAUCGGGAGGAAGAGGUGGUGACAGGAUAUAUAUGGUCCAUGCCUCAGAGCAAGAAUCAAAAGGAGAUGAAAGAGAGGCUCAGUGGUGCCUACAAUGCACUCAGGAAGGAGUUCAGACGUGUUUUUGAGAACAUGGAUGAGGAUUUCCAGCAGCUCACUGAUGAUGAGAAAAAUGCCAUGUAUGAACAGAAGGCAUCAGCAUGGUACCAGGUGACUUACCAUCCUGAGUGGGUGCUGAAAGCGCAAGAAUUGAAGGACCUUGAAGUCAACUGCAACAAACCGGCAAUGCUUAGCUUUGCUUGGAUUGCUGCUGAUUACUUGGCCCGAAUUAAGAUUAAAGGUCAAAAGGAUAAAAUUGAUGUUGAUACCAGUAAGCCCAUCAAUGUGCUUCUGAGCUACAUUGCUGAUCGAAUUUGACUAGGAAGAUUGAGCCUCUCAUCAUAAGUCUUUGGUUACAAGGCCACUCUGCCAAUGUCUUUUGCUUUCUAGUAUUCCAAUGUGUGAUUUUUUCUUUCAGGUUUUCAGGUCAUAGUCUGUUGUAUUGACUUUCUUAGUCUGUUGUGUGGACCUUCUAAGCUUAGAUACCCUCCUUUCUAGAUCUAUUAGUGUUAUGUACUGUUGUACGGACCUUAGCUGAGAUACCUUCCUUUAUAAAUCUAUUACAGUGUUAUGUACUUAUCUGAACUACUAUUACAUUUAAAUGGGAGUUGGUUUUCUCU